GCCUAGCGAAGGCCUUGGGCCCGGGCCGUGGGCGAGCCGGGUUGAGCCCUUGAGGUGUGGCACUCCGUCCUGAGGCGGCACUGGCGGCUCCUGGACGCUCCUCCCCAUUUUCUUUCCUUUCCCCCCCGUCUUCCCAGUGUGAUUUUCUUGACUCUGUUUUUUGCAAAGAUUGACUUUGCCUCAGCAUCAACAAACUCUUCAUCUGAGAUUGGUUCCUGUGUGUCAUAUGGUUUACAAGUCAGUGGGAAUUAAGGACAGCACAUACGAGCUGAAAGGCCAAAUAAGGAAAUGUAUUCCUUCUCUUGACAGUUCUAAUUUAACUUGGCUAAAGCCAGUUUUUAGGUUGACUUGGGCAGAAAAGUGAAAAGAGAAUGCUCCACUUUAACCGAUGUCCGCAUCUGAAACAAAUAGCCCAGAAAUGUUUUCCCAGUAUACAUGUUAGAACGGAUAAACAUGUGCAGCUGUUUCUUUCAAGAACCCUUGCACUUGCAGAAUUCAGGAAGUCGUGGCACUCAACCCACUCUCUUGUUGGAGACAAAAAUAUUAUCCUGAUGGGACCGCCUGGUGCUGGGAAAACAACAGUAGGCAGAAUAAUAGGUCAGAAACUAGGUUGUUGUGUCAUAGAUGUGGACGAUGAUAUCCUUGAAAAAACCUGGAAUAUGAGUGUGUCUGAAAAAUUACAGGAUGUUGGUAAUGAGCAAUUUUUAGAAGAGGAAGGAAAAGCCGUGUUAAACUUCUCUACAUCUGGAAGUGUGAUUUCCCUUACGGGGUCCAAUCCAAUGCAUGAUGCUAGCAUGUGGCAUCUGAAGAAAAAUGGGAUAAUUGUAUACCUGGAUGUACCUCUAAUAGAUAUAGUCAGCCGCUUAAAAUUAAUGAAAAUUGAUAGGAUCGUAGGUCAGGAUGCUGGAACAUCUAUGAAAGACUUACUUAAGUUUAGAAGACAGUAUUAUAAGAAGUGGUAUGAUACCCGUGUUUUCUGUGAAAGUGGGGCUUCCCCAGAGGAGGUCGCUGACAAAGUGCUCAGUGCAGUCAAACGGUACCAAGAUGUGGACUCAGAAACGUUCGUUUCAACAAGACACAUUUGGCCUAAAGACGAACGGAAGGUUUCAACAAAAUUCUUUAGCGAAGCAGUGAUUGAGGGGUUAGCUUCUGAUGGUGGACUCUUCGUUCCUGAGAAAGAGUUUCCAAAAUUAAACUGUAGGGAGUGGAAAAGCCUCGUAGGAGCAACCUACAUAGAAAGGGCACAAAUCCUGCUGGAAAAGUGUAUACAUCCAGCUGAUGUACCUGCUGCCAGAUUGGGAGAAAUGAUUGAGACUGCUUAUGGGGAAAACUUUGCCUGCUCCAGAAUUGCCCCUGUCCGGCAUCUCUCAGGCAACCAGUUCAUCCUGGAGUUGUUUCACGGACCAACAGGAUCAUUUAAAGAUUUGUCUUUACAGCUUAUGCCUCAUCUUUUUGCACACUGUAUUCCACCAAGUUGCAAUUAUAUGAUACUUGUAGCUACUUCAGGAGACACAGGGAGUGCAGUCUUAAAUGGUUUUAGCCGUAUUAAUAAGAAUGAUAAGCAAAGAAUAGCUGUGGCCACGUUUUUUCCUGAGAACGGAGUAAGUGAUUUUCAAAAAGCACAAAUAAUUGGCAGUCAGAAAGAAAAUGGAUGGGCAGUGGGUGUCAAGUCAGAUUUUGAUUUUUGCCAGACAGCUGUAAAAGGCAUUUUUAGAGAUUCCGAUUUUGCUGGCUUUCUUAUUAUGGAAUAUGGAACAGUCUUAAGUUCAGCUAAUUCCAUAAACUGGGGCCGACUGCUUCCCCAAGUAGUUUAUCAUGCCUCUGCAUAUCUUGAUCUUGUUAGCCAAGGAUUUAUUUCUUUUGGAAGCCCAGUGGAUGUCUGUAUUCCCACAGGAAACUUUGGUAACAUUUUAGCAGCAGUGUAUGCCAAAAUGAUGGGAAUCCCUAUUCGCAAAUUUAUUUGUGCCUCUAAUCAGAACCAUGUUUUGACUGAUUUUAUAAAAACAGGACACUAUGACCUAAGGGAAAGAAAAUUAGCACAGACCUUUUCACCAGCAAUCGAUAUUCUUAAAGCUUCAAACCUGGAACGACAUUUACACUUGAUGGCUGAUAAAAACGGAAAAUUAAUGACAAAAUUGUUUAAUCAACUAGAAGAGCAGCAUCACUUCCAGAUAGAGAAGAUGCUAGUUGAGAAACUCCAGCAGGAUUUUGUAGCCGACUGGUGCUCCGAGGGAGAGUGUCUGGCAGCUAUUCAUUCCACCUACAGUACUUCGGGGUAUAUUCUGGAUCCACACACUGCUGUUGCAAAAGUGGUUGCAGACAGAAUGCAAGACAAAACUUGCCCAGUGAUUGUCUCAUCUACGGCUCAUUACUCGAAGUUUGCACCUGCUAUCAUGCAGGCUUUAAAGAUUAAAGAAAUCAACCAUACCUCCUCAAGUCAGCUUUACUUGCUGAGUUCCUACAAUGCAUUGCCUCCACCGCACGAAGCCUUAUUAGAGAGAACGAAACAGCAAGAGAAGAUGGAGUACCAGGUUUGUGCAGCUGAUGUGAAUGUCAUGAAGAAUCAUGUGGAAAAACUAAUACAAAAUCAAUUCGUAUAAAAAAUUUUUGAGUAAAACUUUUUUUUUUCCUGGUGAUAAGCAUGCCAUAAUAAAUCCCAGACAUUGAUUUGGAGUACAAUAGCAUUUUCCUUUUUUUGGUAAAUAUAGCUACAUGUAGAUCUAUUAUCUUUUGGAAUUUCAAAUAACCUGAUCUCUAUAACUGAACAUUGUACCUGCACAUGCUCCUUAAAACCUUAUAAUCUGGAAGUGACAAAAGGGUAGCAUAGUGCAUGGACCUUUGUGUUGUGCUGUGCUUUGCACUCGUGAGGGAUAUAUCAGUUUCUACGCCCUCAUCCCCACUUUUAAGUGGAUCAGAAUGUCUGGUAUUCAACUUGGCAAUUAGAAUAUGUAAGCGUAGUUGUUAAGUAAUAUAUCUGUAACAGUUACUAGCUUUCUAUUGACUAGAAAGACAAUUUAUUAUUGAAAUGUCUAACUUGUAUGGAAGAAGUAGUAAGUUCAUCUGUUAAGAUAGGGCCCGGGUUUUUACCUCUCUUCCAAGUCCCAUUUUGGACGACAACUAAUUCUGUGUAUCCUACACCAUCCAAGUUAGAUAAGUGCUCCGUCCUUCACUCCCCUUUGGAUGGUUAUAGUUAGGGUGAUGUAUUUUGAAAAUCAAGACCCAUGAUUUAAAUCUAGGAUGUAAUAACAUAACUAGUUAGUAGUGGAUAUAGAAGUAAAAUUAUCUAUUUCAUGAGAAAAGUUUUCCAAAAUUCAGAGUAUUUCAAUAGUCUUAAUAGAAUAUAUUUAUAGUUAUAGGUAGCAGUGUUUCUGUAUUAGAGUCCAUUCCUAUAUAAUUCAUCUGUUGUCUCUCCGAUGAACAUUGUCUUUUUUGACAACUGAAGUCACACACAAUUGAAAACACACAUAUCUAGCUUUUCUUUCUUUGUAGUAACAAUAAUUUUAACCAUGACUUACAUUUGUGAAUUUAGUGGAUAUUUUAUUUCUGAAUUAAAGAUUGUUACUGAAAGGAUCUGUAGUGUAAUGGACUACUCUCAACCACAAGAUGGCAUUCCUGACAUAAUUUGUCUUUGCUGAUAAUAUUCUGCCUCAUUUUCUAAGAUCUACCUCCAUGAGGAAACAUAUUAAAAGUUGUAAAGAAAAAAAUUUAAUAGUUUAAUGAGUAGAAACAAUUUGUUUAAAAAAUACUAAAAAUCAAACCAAUGUUGUGUUAACAUUGGAUGUCUGGCUUGGCUUCUACCAAGUAAGUUCUAAAACCAAAAAUUGAAAACCAGAAGCAGGGACAAGAAAAUAAUGGAGGAUUCAAAGUUCAGUUAUUCACAUAUUUUUUUCUUUUGCUUUUAAGAAUAUCUGUUUAAGUAGAUGACAUAUUUAAAAAAUAGAACAACGAACAGCUAAGUGUUCACUGUAUGAGAAUGCACUAUUCUUCUGAAAGGGGGAGCAACGGUGCUUAAAAAAAAAAAAAAAA